GAGCGAGAAUUUCAAAAUGAAGGUGAUACACUGGAAAUGUUUCCAGGUACGAAUCGAAUUGAUCCCACAAUUGCAGUCAAAAUUUAUCGAAGACCGGCAGCAGGAAGAGAAUUACCACUUCCCGAAGAUGUUCGUCCGCCUGAAGUAUUGAGAAUGACAUUGGACUACCUUUUGCACCAAUUACUGCCAUCCGAUCCAGGCUCUCCCGUCUUUACCUCUGUUCAACCUUUUAUGUGGAACAGAACACGGGCAAUUCGCCAAGAUUUCAUCGUUCAAGGAGAUGGUGGUGAAUUGGCGAUUGAAUGUCAUGAGCGAAUCGCGAGAUAUCACAUCUUAUGCCUACAUUGGCGGGGAGGCGUAGGGGCAGAAGGAUGGAGUGAGCAGCAAGAGCUUGAACAGCUACGAAAAACGAUUCGAAGUUUGACAGAAUUCUACGAGGAUAUAAGGAGGAAGAAGGGUGUAAUCAGUCCCAACGAAGCAGAAUUUCGUUCUUACAAUCUCCUGCUACAUAUGCAAGACCCUGAAACACUUCGAGAAGCAGAAGGUUUGCCAACUUCUAUCUUGCAAGCGGAUUGCGUCCAAGUUGCAUUGAAAGUUCGAGCUUAUGCGCAAAGAAGCAACAACGUUCUUCGUCGAGGACGUCCGUUGAAUACAGAGGCGACCAUGAAUUUGUGGACACGCUUCUUUGGAGAACUUCGAAGGAAUCCGCAUGUGAAUUACUUGUUGGCCUGUUUGGCCGAAAAUGUAUUCUCGCCUGUUCGAGCUGGGGCUUUAAAGGCAAUGUCAAAAACGUAUAACGUGCAACAUGCACCUCUGCCGCUCGACUAUCUCAGAAGAAGUCUAGGUCUAGAU